AUGAGCUCGGUCACUCACAAGAAGUUUUUCAGUUCAACUGGUGUUUAUUUGUUGCUUUCAAUGAUGUUUAGCAGGAAGGCUGCAAGCAGGUUGCUUGUUGGAGCUUUCAACACCAGAAGCACACACAUUGUGACUAGAGGGAUUUCCGCAAGGUUUUCCUCCAGCGUAAGACCAAGAUGGCUUUCGACUCAAGGUGUUGCGCGGGUAGAUGAAGAUUUGGAUGCUGCUCUCGAUAACUUGCUUGGUUCUACUUUUGAUGAAGAUGACACGGUCGGAAACGCGGACGCACUCGCAAUGGAGUCGCAACCAGUUGCGAGCGAUGUUGAAGAAAUCAAUCCUGAAAAGUUGAAAGACCCUACAUUUUUGUCCACCAGCAAUCCUCAUUGGGUUCAGGCUGGACUCUCUCCACAAGUGAUUGACGUUCUUAGCGAAAAGGGUAUUGUUGAAUUUACUCCCGUUCAAGCAGAAGCAUUCGGGCCUGUGCUAUCCCGUAGAGAUGUCAUCGGACGAUCGCGAACGGGAACAGGUAAAACUCUUGCAUUUGGUCUCCCAGCCCUAACCCGACUCAACCAGUUGGCAGAGGCCAAGGGUUUCCGCGACGACCACGGCCGUUUGGUGCGUGGAAGACCAGUCUCAAUGGUUGUUCUCUGUCCGACACGAGAACUCGCUCGUCAAGUCCAGGAAGAGUUGUCUGCUGUUGCCCGACCACUUGGACUUUACACUGAAGUAUUUCACGGUGGAGUAUCUUACGAUCCACAGGCACGUGCUUUGAGGCAGGGUCUGGAUAUCCUAGUUGGAACUCCAGGACGCAUUAUUGACCACAUGCAACGAGGAAACCUGAAUCUAAGCGAGUGCGACAUUAUUGUACUGGACGAGGCAGAUGAAAUGUUAAACAUGGGAUUUGCAGAUGACGUUGAAGUCAUUUUGGAUGGUUUGGGCGAAAACAAUGACAAAAAGCCACAAUGUCUCCUCUUCUCCGCCACAACACCUCCGUGGGUAACCAAUAUUGGACGGAAAUACCAGGAGGACGUUGUCGCCAUUGACGCAACAGGUGACGAGGGUGGUGCUCGUGUUGCAAAAACAGUUCGUCACAUGGCUGUACAAGUGCCCCCUGGGGCUGGAUCGAAGAAUGCAGUCCUAGAAGACAUUAUCGCAGUCGAAAUAUCAAAGGACAAAAAUUAUGUUGGAGCAGGCGAUGUUGAUGAAAACCUCGAGGAAGCCCCCGUAAACGAAAUAGCUGCAGCGGCUGCAGCAAAAAAGGAAAAAACAAGUGGCGCAAUGCAGCAAAAGAUCUUCGGAAAAACCAUUGUUUUUACUGAAACUAAGCGCCAGGCGGACGAACUUGUCUCUGGUGGAAUUUUCAAAAGUUUGAGCGCCCAGGCACUCCAUGGUGAUGUUGGUCAAAAGCAGCGUGACGCAACCCUCGCUGCAUUUCGUGCUGGCGCAUUCAAUGUACUUGUCGCUACUGAUGUUGCCGCGCGUGGGAUCGAUAUCAAGGAUGUCGACCUUGUAAUCCAAUUCGAUCCCCCCCGAGACGUUGACACAUAUGUUCAUCGAUCAGGUCGAACUGGCAGAGCUGGACAAAAAGGAGUCUCCGUUCUACUUUUCGACCAGCGCCAGCAACGCGACAUUGUUCGCAUCGAGAGAGAUCUUGGCCAUGGUUUUAAAUUUGAUCUCACUGGCCCACCUUCUAUUGAAGCUGCUUUGCGCGCCGCAGCCAAGACCUCAGCCGUUGCUUCAACAGCGAUUCCUGACGAAACAGCUAAAUUUUUCAUGGAUGCUGCAGCCUCUCUUCUGGCGGAAGGAAAUCCAGAAAACGUUGUAGCCCGCUGUCUCGCUGCAAUAUCUCGGCGAUCAAUAGAGGUCCAGAGUAGAUCUCUUAUUACCGGAGAGCUUGGACUGUCGACUGUUCAAAUGAGCAAUAGCAAAGGAACGCCGGUCUCACCUGGUGAUGUUAUGUUCACAGUAGGCAAGCUUUCCAGAAUGAGUCGACAAGAGGGAGACCUCACCUUUGACAGUGAUGUUGGCAAGAUUCAAGCCAAUCCUGAGACUGGAGUUGCUCUGUUCGAUAUGGGUGUCGAAGAUGCAAAGAGACUGAUUGAAUUUAGCAAGGACAUUGAGGCUGGUGGAGCCGUUUUCUCCAUACUAGAAACGAUGGAAAUUGAACGUGGAAGAAAUUUUGGUCGUCCUCAAGGCAGGUUUGAUCGGGACGGCAGAGGAAGAUUUGGCAGAGGAGGUAGAGGAGGUAGAGGAAGGGGUGGGGGUGGAAGAGGUGGAGGUUACAGAGGCGGCAACCAGUCUAACCGAGGCCGUCGCGAUGAUUUUGGUGAAGGAAGAAGAGGUGGAGGUUACGGUAGAGGUGGAGGUAGAGGUGGAGGUUACGGUAGAGGCGGUGGACGAGGAGGCUACGAUGGGCGAAGUAGGGCUGGUGACUACCAGCGCGGCAAUCAAGGCUUCCCACAAAACGAUGGCUGGUAA